ACACAGUGUCGGGUACCGCGCCGCAUAAUUGCAGCUUCACGUUGCACCGACAGCGCAGAAGACCACCCAAUCCCACACCCCCCUCAUUCCAACGCCCUCUGAGCUCUGUUCGCGACCAAACUUUUUGCCAAUUUGCGUUCCGGCGAGAAACAUCACCGAACAAUUUUCACGUCCACACAGUCCCGAACCCUAGCCGCUCAGCUACCAAUCAUGGUACUCCACCUAUCUGACGUCAAUCUCGACGCCGACUUUGCAGAGCUCAUUGAAUGCCAAUGGGCGGCACAUGAAGACCCCUUUCAGCCAUUCUACCGACUCUUUUGUCCUAUCUACGAGAGCGGCCGAGAGGCAUCAGUGAAGGAGUCUACCUCACGUUUCCUCGAAUGGGCUCGCCACGACCCUCACGAAAAAUGGUUGAAGGUCGUAGACACAGACACAGGGAAAAUUGUUGGCGGGGCAUUGUACAAAGUCUACAAUGAGAACCCGUUCGCCCAUGCGGAAGAGGAGGUAGCGUACUGGUACCCCAACGACAGCACUAGAGACUACGCGAGCCAGGCAAUAGAACAGAUGGAUGUCCCUCGCAUGGAAAUGGCUACUAGGCCUCAAGUCUUUCUCAACAUACUCUUCACCCAUCCCAACCACCGUCGCAAAGGUAUCGGAUCAAUGUUGCUUCAGUGGGGUAUCGACACCGCAGAAACUCUCGGCGUAGAGUUUUGGCUCAAUUCGACGCCGGUGGGGAAGCCGCUAUACGAAAAGUUCGGCUUCGAGGUGGCGAAGAAGAAUCCUCUAGUUCCGAAAACAGAGAGCCCAGACGAAAAGUGGAAGCAAAUGGAGGCACAGUUCGAUGAUGUAGUUUUCUGGACAAUGUACCUUCCGAAAGAAGGCCUCGUCGAAAUUGGCAAGACAGUGAAACUGAGGGAAGAAUGAGCACGCGUCCUCCUACGAUCUCUUAGUAUUCACAGAGCCAAUAAAUUGGAUGCACACUUGUACGUUAUGGAAGAACUUGUGGAUUGAAUUCAAGCGAGUGCCUAAGGUAAUAAGUACUGCACCACCGAGUACCAUGCCAUCUUCAAACGGGAUUCCAUAUCGAAAGGAACGUCCGAGAGCUUUCAACUCCGACACAAGGCACCGAUCACCGAUUUCAGACUUCUAGGGAAAGAGAUUGGUCAUGACGUUG